AUGUCCGACAACUUCUGGUUCAAUGACUCGGCAUUUCCUGCCAAGGAUGACUUCUUGUCCAACAUCUUUGACCAACCAAAAGAUGGCAUGGAAGGUAAUAGUAGCGGAAACCUCAGUAGCAAUAAUAACAAUGUCAAUAAUAGCAACAUGAACACCAACAACAAUCUCAGUGGUCUUAGUAAUGCUGGCAAUCAACAGAUGUACGUGAGAAACCAGCAGAACCAGCCCAACCAACAGGUUCAGAACCAAAACCAAAACCAAAGUCAAAACUUCCAGCAGAAUCAGACCAUGGACCAGAAUAAGCAGGACCAGUUUAUGAGAAUGAGACAGCAGAUAAUGCAACAACAAAUGAUCCAGCAGAAACAACAACAGCAACAACAGCAACAGCAACAGCAACAGCAACAGCAACAGCAACAGCAACAGCAACAGAGCCAACAGCCCCACCAGCUGCAAAACUUCAACUUGAUGCUGAACACUUCGUCCAGUUCUGCCAAUGCAGCUGCUGCCAUGGGCCACAAUCCUCAACAGCAACCUCCUCCUCCACAAGCUCAAAACAGACCUUCUCAAGCUCAAUUCCAGAUUCAGAUCGAGAUCUUCCUCACCACGUUGUACGACUAUAUGUCUCGUAGGGGCACACCUAUAGUUCAACCUCCUAUGGUGAAUAACAAGAAGGUGAACUUAUUUUUCUUCCAUCUUAUGUCGCAGAAAAUGGGAGGUCCGCAGCUGCUUUUGAAAUGGAUCCAUCAGCCAGUUAACCCUCAACAUCCGCAGAGCCCUUGGCUCCUCUUUGGUCAGCGUUCGGGCUUAUACGAUGGAAUUAAUCCGCAUGAUACUCAAGCCAGAGAAAGGAUUGACAGAGACAUAGCUAAUUGUUACAACAACUUCUUGUUUCCCUAUGAACAAUACCUCAGUACCCCUGAUGGAAGCAGGGAUAUCCAACAGAGAAAGUUGCAAUUUCAAAAACAAAUUCUCUACAGAUUCCAGCAACAGCAGCAGCUUCAGCAACAACAGUCUACUCUGUCACCAAAUAUGUCCCCUCCACAGGCUUCUAUUCAAUCGCCUGCUAUAGUCAAUGUUCCCACACCUGCUAUUUCACAACAGAGUCCAGUUUUGAGCCAGGCUCCAACACCACAGCAGAGAAAACUUUCUAGAGUCAGCAAUCCUUCGAACCAGAACUCACCUAACUUUGCAAAAUCUCCAUAUUUGCAGAACCAGCAGAUUUCUCGCUCUGGAAGCGCUGCUAGAACACCAAGCCAGAUUUCGUCUCCUUCGGAAGCUAAAAGAUCUGCUCCAGUUCAACCUAAGUCAGAGAAAGAGGAAGAGGGCGCCAGCAUUAUUAGAAACUAUAUUCCUUACAACAAGAUUGUAGACACCCAUGGAGGUAUCCCUAUCAAGGAAUUGUCACAGGUAGCUAGUGAGAUUGAGAUUACAAAGUCUGUAUAUUUGUUUGCACCUGAAUUGGGUUCUAUAAACUUGCAUGCUCUUGUCAUGGGACUCAAGAAUUAUUCAAGUGCCAACAGCGGAGAGGUAUUCAACUCUUUGAACUCUCUUCUUGUUACAACUUCAGAUGUCAACUACACCUUCAGAAUAGAAGAUUGUAUGGAAUUGUUAGAAGCCAUAUCUGCUCUAGGAUUGAAGAUUUUGAAUAACAUCAUUACUUCCAAUACUGGGGCACAAGAUCCAUUUGUUAACAAGGAUGUCAGAAAAGCACCUACAAAUAACAACAUCGAUGCCAUAUUUGAGAAAUAUGCAGGGAAAAGUACUGAGUUUGCUAACGAAGACCUUAGAUUUGUUGUUAAUUCGUUGACAGGUGAAUUAAUCGAAGAAGAAGAUACUGAUAUGGAUCUCGACGAUUUGUUCACCGUCGAAGAGAACAACAGCGACAUUUCUCUGGUCUCAACAGCAGAUACAGAAAACUCCGAAUACCACUUCAAUUUGCCUGAUUAUACGUCGGUCCUCCUUGAAUUUAAAAAUGAAAACAAACAUCACUUCAGUAAGAUCCAAACCAAGAGUGCAGUGGACGAACAAAUAAUGUUGGUUGAUCAGUUGAUUACUGUCACCAUGAUUCUUAGAAACAUCUCAUUUGCUGAUUUCAACAAAUAUGCCAUGGCAUCCAAUGGCUCCUUGAAAGACCUCUUGUUUGCCAUUAUCAAGAAUGUGGGAUUAUACCAGGACAAGUUUGUUUUCAAUAGGAAGAGACUUUGUUUGUUAAAGGAUUGUCUUUUAAUCUUAGAAAAUAUUUCAUUUUUCACUGAAUUGAGAAGCUUGGAAGAAGCAUUCUUGGCCUUUGCCUUAGUUAGUUCCUUUGGUGAUAAAUUGUCUGACCAAGAUUAUCAAGUUAAGCAAAUCAACUUGGAGCAUCACUCGUACUUGCCAUUUGGUAUUGAUGCGUUUACGAAAUUGAUGGUUAGGGAGCCUUACAACCGCUCUUUGAUCCAGGCCGUUUUGACGGAAACGUUGACUAUUAGUUCUUCAGCUGCCUAUGCUAAUGCCAAACCAUUUGUAGUUAAUAGCAAGGACCAAGAAGAAACCAGAAAGUUGAUCAACUCCUAUUUACAUGAGAAUAAUGCUACUGAAAGAAAAGGAAAAUUGUUGACUAGAGCUUUCCAAUUGUACAUGAGCAUAGUUCCAUUCGACGCCAACAGUUUUGAAUUCUCCAAGUUUAUUUUCACUAGAGCUCCUACUUUGUCUCAAACACUAUUCGGAGUAAAGUUGCUUAUCGAUAUGGCGCCUAUCGAAGACCUUAGCUUGAGCAUCAACAAAACGACUCUUUACUGGCUCUUCACGAAUAAGGAAGUGAUUUUGGCAAAUUUGUCCAGGGUGUCAAUGGCAUUAGUUUCCGAAACAGGAAAGUUUGCUAGAGAGUCAAAUGAGUACAAGAUCUUGAUAUUGGUGUUAUCUAAAGCGCUUAUUUUAAUCAAUUCGUUGGUAUGCAAUGUUAUUACUGCACGGGAAGUUUUGACUACAAUGGAAGAUCCUGAAAUAUCCAAGGAAAUAGAGUCUUUGGGCGAAUAUUCGAGAAUUAUGCCUGACGCCAACCUGGCCUUUGACACAUUUAUGUCACCAGCUACUGAUGCACACUUGAGCAGAGAAGUCGUGCGUCUUGUUCGCUCUUUGAGAGAAUUGUUUGACCAACAGUAUUAGGUCUGUAAUACUAUGUAAUAUAAAUGCACGGAACACAAG